AUGAACCAGGAUAUAAAGCUAUUAACUGAUGAAGAUGAAGGGAAGAAAUUCAAGUUAACAGAAGGUGUUGAUAUUUCUAGAGAUGGCACAAUUUAUUUCACAGAUGCUUCAUGCAAAUAUGCGCUCGAAAAUUGCUUACGCGACAUCUUAGAAGGCAGACCUUAUGGCAGACUUCUGAGCUACAGUCCUAAUACUGGAGAAACUAAAGUUCUGCUUAAAGACCUUUAUUUUCCCAAUGGAGUUGCUGUCUCACCCGAUCAACAGUCUCUCGUCUUUUGUGAAACACCGUUGAAAAGGUGCAGAACAUAUUGGAUACAAGGUAGCAAGAAGGGCGCUGUUGAUGCAUUCAUCGAUAAUCUACCUGGUUUUCCCGAUAACAUCCAUUGCGAUGGACAUAACAGCUAUUGGAUUGGCUUAUCCUCUUGGCUUAAUCCAAAACUGCACGUCUAUGAUCCGGCAAUGUCAAUGAUCACAAGCGGGAUCAAGAUUGAAAACUAUCUAUAUAUUGGUUCUCUACACUAUGACCACAUUAUCCGCUUCAACUUGAGUUAUUCAUAG